AUGAAGUUUUCAACUGUUAUAGUAUCAGGAAUUACAUUAAUGUCAGGUCUUGUACUGGCUAGUCCUAUGUCACCAGAAUCAGAUCCAUUUGCUUUAGAUGUUGCUCCGAGAGAUCUUGAAUCACUAUACUCAAUUAAAGAAAGAGAUUUAUUAUCUACAGCAGAAAGUUUAUUAUCAGAAAUUAAUGUUACUUCAAUUUUAGAUAGUGUUGAUUGGGAAAGUGUUGCUGGAUUUGCCAACAAUUUAUUAACCGAAAAUAAUAAUGUUCAAUAUUUAGAUGAUUUAUUAAAUUUUGUUGGUGAUACUGAUUUGGUUCCAUUCCUUAUUAGUUUUAUUAUAAGUAACAAUUCUACACGAGCAAUUGCUUAUGAUGUAGUUGUUGAUUUAUUAGGAAGUGGGAAAAUUGAUUUGACACCUGUUUUUGUUGCUUUAAAAAAUUCAGGUUUAGCUUAUGAUUUAAUUGCUGAUUUAAUUGAAAAUCCAAAUACUUUACCAUUUAUCGAACAAGUCGUUGGAGAUUUAUUUAGUGGAACUUCAUUAGCUUCAUUAUUCGGCGGAAGUGGUUCAUCAAAUGCUGCAAAUACUGUUAUUGCAACUACUACUAGGGCAGCACAAACUUCAAUUGAUUCUUCAUUACCAACUGUUUUAUAUAGUGCUGGUGCUAUAAGUGGAGCAAGUGGAGCAAGCGGAUCAGUUAAUAUUAAUACGAAUUCAUUAGCUUCAUUAUUUUCACAAGCUGCAACUGAAGUUGGUACAGGUGCAAGUACUGCUCAAGCUACUUCAAAUAGACCAGCUGCAACUACUUCAGCUGCAACUACUUCAGCAGCAAAUAAUGGUGGUGCUACUACAAGUAUCAAUUUUGCAUCAAUUAGUGGUCCAGCAUUUUCAUCAUUACCACCUUCACAAUUUGGUCAAGGUCCAACUACUAUCAACUAUUCAGUUUUGGGUUCAUUAACUGCUGUUUUAGGUGGUAGUAGUAAAAGAGAAUAUGAUGAUAAUGUUGAAAAAGUCUUAAGUGACAUUCAAUUAAGAAAAAGACAAGAAGAUGAAGUUGAAAAAGCUCUUAAAAUUAUGAAAAGAGAUAAUAUUGAAGAUUUAUUAACUACUAUAUUCUCAUCAGUUGCAAGAUCAAACGUUUUAAAUACAACAAUUGAAUAUUUAGUUACUGAUUCAAGAUUUGAAUCAAGUGUUGUUUAUUUAUUACAAGGUCUUUUCUCAGAUUUAGGUUCAACUUUAUCAGGUCUUUUAAGUACUGAUUGGUCAUCAUUAGCUCCAUUAGUUAAUGCAUUAUUAGAUUCAGGUUUAUUAAGUGAUUUAAUUACAAGAGCUCUUAAUGAUCCAGAUUUAAAAAAUGCAAUCGUUAGAGAUUUUGAACAAUUAUUUAAAAAAAGAGAUGAAAUUUUGAAAAGAGAACAACAACAAUUUAAUUCAAAUUCAACUUUAGUUGCUUUUACAACUCCAGCAAAUUCUUCAGUUCCAGUUAUUACUCAUGACCCAGAAAAUUUUGGUAUUUCAGGUCAACAAUCAAAUUUAAUUAGUGUUUUAGCUGCUAUGGGUUUAAGUGCAUUGAUGUUAUAA